AGAAUUUCCGGUAGAAAAGCGCAUGUCUGUAGGGACAGACGUUUUUAAGUACUGUUGUUCCGGUGGAGCUCCGCAUCCUGCCUUUGAGUUAUAAGCCGUUGUUACUGAGCUGGAGGAAAGCUGAUUUCAGGGUGAACUCCAGAAACAAAAUAAAACAAAAAAUGUCAGCAGAAAAGAUGGAUCCAAGAUCAGGUGUGUCAAAUGGAUCAGGGCCAGUGUAUGAGAAAGAAGAAAACAACCUCAGUCCAGAGGAUCUGUCUGAGAUGCUGGCUGCAGGAACCAAGGAGGUUCAUGAAAAAGCAGAGAACACGCAGUUCGUGAAAGAUUUCCUCAGGGGACGGAUCCGCAAAGAGCUUUUCAAGCUUGGUGCCGUUGCACUUUACCACACAUAUACCGCCAUGGAGGAGGAGAUCGAGAGGAAUAAGGACCACCUCCACUUUGCCCCCCUGUAUUUCCCUGCAGAGCUGCACCGCCAUGAAGCCCUAGCACGCGACAUUGAGUACUUCUAUGGUCCAGAAUGGAAGAGCAAGAUCACCUGCUCAGAGGCCACACAGCGCUAUGUGGACCGCAUCCACCAGGUAGGGCAGGAGGACCCGGUGCUGUUGGUGGCACAUGCCUACACUCGCUACAUGGGUGACCUGUCAGGGGGCCAGGUGCUGAGAAAGGUGGCCCAGAGAGCUUUGAAGCUGCCGCCCACAGGGGAGGGCCUGGAGUUCUACCAGUUUGACGCGAUCCACAGCGCAAAAGCAUUCAAGCAGCUGUACCGAAGCCGCAUGAAUGAGCUGGACCUGGAGGUGGAGACAAAGAAGAAACUGGUGGAGGAGGCUGUCAAAGCUUUUCAUUUCAAUAUGGAGGUGUUUGAGGAGUUGGAAGAAAUUGGCAAAACAAUUCAGGAGGAUGUUUUAGAUGCUGGUAUGUCUGCUCAUGGAGAAAUGGGUGGAGACAUCAGCAAAUGUCCCUACUAUACCGCCAAAAUGGCAGCGUCGGGGGGAACAGCGUAUUUUGGUCAGCUGGUCAUGGCCGCUCUCAGACACCCGACGGGACAGGUCCUGUUUGCCACUUGGUUCGCCGCCUUGGCUGGACUGGCUGCGUGGUACCUGAUGUGAUCCAGCUGUUACCCGGCUGCUGUCAGAACAGAGGCGUGUUGAAAGGAUCAACAGUGAGGAGACUGGAAAGCUUCCGCUAACUGACCAUUUUAUACAAACAUUCAAAUCAGGUCUGUGUUUUUAUGUUCAGUUUUUAGUUGUAGCAAUUCAGCUGUGUGAUCUGAAGGACCAUUAGGACACCAAUUCCCUCCACAAAGCAUUUAACACAUUUAAAAAAAAAAAAAAAAAAAUCACCCAUAUUUAUUUUUUUUUUCUCUACCUCCAACACGCUACCCUUCCAUUUGUUGCUUUUCGGUGAGUUCAGGUGCAUCUGAAGAUAUGUUAUAGCUGUUCUCUGACUGAAGUUGACCUGCUGCUGUAAAUUAUACUCUAUGAUAAUGAAUACUGUAACAAGAAAAAUAAAUUAAUCUUUCCAGUUGACCCUCUCAAUUAGAUAUAAGCUUUAAAUGCUGCAGAAUGUGAGACAUUGGACUACUUUUAUACAUCAAAAAUAGCCACCAUCAUGUUACCAUCAAAAAUAAACAUUUAUUUAUUUUUUUGUGAAGGACCAACACAGAAUACCACAGAAAUGUGAAGUGGAUGAAGAAGGAUCCUCUGUUUUUAAAAUCUUUAUGUGAAAAUCUAAAAACAAAUGUGGCGUGCAUUUGUAUCCCAACUCCUCCGUGCUCUCUAGAAGCAACUGCUGGUGCAGUUUCACCUGCAAGUCUUUUGGAGUAUCUCUCUACCAGCUUUAGACAUCUACAGACUGACAUUGUUACCCAUAAAUCUUUGCAAUUCAGUUCAGGCUCAGAUGGAUUGGACUGAUAGCCUUUGUGAACAUCAAUGCUUCCAAGCCAUGCCACAGAUUCUCAGUUCGGUUUAGAUCUGGACAUGACUAAUGGCUUUCCUGUUCAACAGAUUUUCCCACUUGAGUGGUGGAUCUCUGCAGCUCCUCCAGAACUACCGUGGCUGCUUCUCUUAUUAAUGCUCUCCUUGCCCAGCUUGUCAGUUUAGGUGAUUGGUCACGUCUCAGUAGGUUUGCUUUUCUGUCAUACUCCUUCCAUUUUCAUAACAGGGCUCUGGAGAUGGUCAAAGCUCUGGAUUUGAUCAUCUAACCCUGCUUUAAACGUCUCUUAGACAACUGCGCACACAGGAUUUUAUAUAGGGAUGAGUAACAAUGGGUGCCGCAUUCUUUGGAUUUUUACUUAAAACAAUUUUCUUCUGCUUCAUAAUUAUGUGCUUCAUUGUGUUGGUCUCUCACCAAAAAUAUCAAUAAAAUACCUGGAAGUUUGCAGGUGUAGCAGGACAAAUUGUAAAAAGGUGUACAAUUGCCUUUUAAAGCCACUUUUAGAUUUUAUACCAUAAUAAGCAGAAAUUAUGCACUUCAUAUCUGGACAUUUAACGUUCAGGUUUAUUUUGGUAAUGUAAAGCCAUUUAAGUUCCUUAACUGAAUACCCUAUCAUAAACGCAAGCUCAGUAGUGUUUUUUUUUUUCCCCACAAAGUACACAUUCCUGCUCCACGUCGUUGUUUUUUCCUUCUCCGACCAACAAGUGUCUUUGAAGCAAAGUCCCAUUGAUCCUUUCUUCCAAUUCUUGAUGAAUAAAAUCUCUAUACCCCUUAAAUAACACGUUGUUUCAGCUAAAACACUGUUGCUGUAUGUGUUUGUGUGGCGUGGGUGAGCAUAAAUGAUUGUCACAGCAUCGUUUCAUAACAUAAUUACUUUGACAGGCCUAGAUCUCCCCCCCUCCCCCAUCCAAAGCUGUAAUUGACAACAUGAUGGUGCAUUAGCUAAUGAGUUCAGGGUUUAACAUACCUCCUGUCUACCAUAGGCAAAGCCUUGCUGAGGCAAGGGUUAAACAGAUACGCAUCCAUAUAUUUUAUACUGCAUUUUAUCCCUAAAUAUAAUGUGAAAAUGGUCACAUUUUAUUAUAUUCUCGUCACGCUCCGUUUCCAAGGAGGUUGCAGCAUGUCUGCACUGUGGGACAGGUGAUGGCAGCCAAAAAACCUUUGAAAAGUGGAUGAUUAUUCGAUGGUAUUCUGAUUCUCACAGUGGUAAAAUACCAACUAUUACUCUACUGUAGUGCAUGCUAACUUCAACUAGUCCUUAGUUUCAGAAACAUGCGAUGGCUUUACUCUUUAUUUAAUUGCAUGGUUUAAUUUCCAAAAUUAAAUGGCGCUUAACCUGCAACAGGAGCUCUUAUCAUGGACGCAGGUAUUACCACAGCAGACUUACCUUGUGGGUGUUUUUUAUGAGAUGCUAAUAUAUUGAUCCUGAACCAGCUCAGCUCGUCUCCAUCUAUUUUCAACACAUCAUUUAUACAGUGUGCUGGGAGAGGAUUCACAUUCUCAACCCUCUUUAACUUUGUUCAUAGUUGAGUAGAAACACUUUGUGCUGUAUGGCAGUAUAAUUGUACUGAAGUUUAGCAUUCACCCAGAUGGCGCACUAAUAUUUUAGGAGCCUUUUGGAGUAGUUUUAAUAUUGUUAAAUUUCUGCCUGGUGCAUGUGCUGUGCAUUUGCACAAUAUGUUUACUUUCACAUACAGAUAGAUGUGCAGCGUUUAUAUGCUGGUGCAGCUGCUUGGUUGCAAACAUGCCAAUGAUUAACAGCGAGCUUUGUUUAUGAAAGUCUCAGGUUCAGCACAAUGAAUUGAAUAUGAUGGGAUAAAACGGGAACUGUUUGAAAUGGUCUUGUAAGCCCAUGUUUUAUUGCUUUCAUAUGGUCCAAGGAUGGAGUUUGCAUCAAUAUUUUAGGACCUACUGAAGGGACACUAUCUGCAGCCAUAAAUGAGAAUGUUUGACUAAAGCGUGCUCAUUUUUAAUCCUUUUAUUCACUCUGCUCCUAAUUCCUUUGUAUCCAAUUGGAGAUUUGUGACUAGCUAGAGCACUUUUAUUGUAGGAGUGUAAACCGAGAGUUAUAUUGUUGUGAAUAACAAAAUAAAAACCGUUUUACUCUU